CCCUCCCGGCGCUUCUUCCGGGUGGGGCCCCGGGCGGAGGAGAUGGCUCCCUGGGCGCUCCUCAGCCCAGGGGUCCUGGUGCGGACUGGGCACACUGUGCUGACCUGGGGGAUCACGCUCGUACUCUUCCUGCACGAUACCGCGCUGCGGCAGUGGGAAGAGCAGGGGGAGCUGCUCCUGCCCCUCACCUUCCUGCUCCUCGUACUGGGUUCCCUGCUGCUCUACCUGGCCGUGUCGCUAAUGGACCCGGGCUAUGUGAAUGUCCAGCCCCAGCCCCAGGAGGAGGCCAAGGAGGAGCAGACAGCCAUGGUUCCUCAAGCCGUCCCCCUUCGGCGCUGCAGAUACUGCCUGGUGCUGCAGCCCCUGCGGGCCCGGCACUGCCGUGAGUGCCGCCGCUGCGUCCGCCGCUACGACCACCACUGCCCCUGGAUGGAGAACUGCGUGGGGGAGCGCAACCACCCACUCUUCGUGGCCUACCUGGCGCUGCAGCUGGUGGUGCUUCUGUGGGGCCUGUACCUGGCGUGGUCUGGCCUCCAUUUCUUCCGGCCCUGGGGGCUGUGGCUGCGGUCCAGCGGGCUGCUGUGUGCCACCUUCCUGCUGCUGUCCCUCUUCUCUCUGGUGGCCGGCCUGCUCCUCGCCUCGCACCUCUACCUGGUGGCCAGCAACACCACCACCUGGGAGUUCAUCUCCUCGCACCGCAUUGCCUACCUCCGCCAGCGCCCCAGCAACCCCUUUGACCGCGGCCUGACCCGCAACCUGGCCCACUUCUUCUGUGGAUGGCCCUCCGGGUCCUGGGAGACCCUGUGGGCCGAGGGGGAGGAGGAGGGCGAGGAGGGCAGCAGCCAGGCUGUGUAGGGUUGCUGGAGGCAAGGCCACCUUCUUGUGCCUGCAAACAGAGGGGCCGCCCCCACCUGGGGGUCAGCCUUCGGAGGGCCUGGGGCUCUUCGCUCCUGCCCGCUCCUCCCAGGCCUCGGCAGAGCCGAAUGACAGAACCCUGCCUCAGUGGGCAGUCCUGCCCUCUGAAGGAAGGAGGCAGAGGACCCGUGGAGGGCUUGGGCACAAGCAACCUGGGCUUCCCAGACCCCCACCCCGCCCCCCAAGCCAGGAUGCCUCCAGUGCACCGUUUUAUAAGUUUAAUCAUCCAAAAAGCGAGUCAAAUAUUAAAAAACCAAACCAAA